ACUUGCAUCCCUUGCUACAGGGCCCAGACAAAAUAAUAGCAUUUUCUACGAAAUUCGCAUGUAUGAUAUUAAGCCACCAAAGAUGAAGGAGUUUGUGGAAAUGUUCAACAAGUACCUUCACCUUCGCACAGCUCACUCGGAGCUGGUGGGAUGCUGGUCUGCGGAGCUGGGAGCAAUGAAUAAGGUUGUCCACGUUUGGAAGUACGAUAAUUUUGCCCACAGAGCAGCAGUCCGGCAUGCACUAGCCAAUGACAAAGACUGGCAGGGAAAAUUCAUCUUCCCAGCUCUCCCCUUGAUAGAAAAGCAGCACAAUGAGGUUGCUUAUCUGGUACCCUGGUGUCAACUUGGGAAACCUCCAAAAGAAGGGGGAGUGUAUGAAUGGGUUACUUUCCAGAUGAAGCCUGGUGGGCCAGCAUUGUGGGGCGAAUCAUUUCGAGCUGCAAUCAAUGCUCACAUCAACACAGGCUACACCAAGCUGAUCGGUGUUUUCCACACAGAGUAUGGAUUACUUAACACAGUCCACGUGAUCUGGUGGAACGAGAGCCCAGAUCACCGGGCAGCGGGAAGGCACAGCGCCCAUGAAGAUGCCAGAGUGGUAGCAGCUGUGAGGGACAGUGUCAGAUUCUUGGACUCCCAGCAAAAUGUGCUUCUGAUUCCUCUGCAAUGCUCACCGCUGAAGUAA